CUUCCGCCGUGGAUCCGGUCCUUUUCCUGCGCUGUAAAGUUGAGUACAGCGGCUCUUCAGCCCAUCCGACUCAAUCUACAGCCAUCGACCGGGACCGACCGCCGAGAUGACCGAGCAGAUGACCGUGAGAGGGACCCUGAAGGGCCACAACGGCUGGGUGACCCAGAUCGCCACGACGCCGCAGUUUCCGGACAUGAUUCUGUCCGCGUCCAGAGGUGAAUAUAUUUUACAACUAAUCGUGAUUUAUUGCCUUUGCGAUUUAAUUUCGAUUAAUUGUGCAGCCCUAAGCUCAAACUCACUUUACUCUUCGAAUGUUGUUUGUAGAGGAACCACGACCCGUCGGUUUGUGGGCCACACCAAAGACGUGCUGAGCGUGGCCUUCUCCGCUGAUAACCGGCAGAUCGUGUCCGGCUCUCGGGACAAAACCAUCAAGCUGUGGAACACGCUGGGUGUCUGCAAGUACUCCAUUCAGGACGAGAGUCACACUGAGUGGGUUUCCUGCGUGCGUUUCUCUCCCAACAGCAGUAACCCCAUCAUCGUCUCCUGCGGCUGGGACAAGAUGGUCAAGGUGUGGAAUCUGGCCAACUGUAAGCUGAAGACCAAUCACAUCGGACACAACGGCUUCCUGAACACCGUCACCGUCUCCCCUGAUGGAUCGCUCUGUGCCUCUGGUGGAAAGGACGGACAGGCCAUGCUCUGGGAUCUGAACGAAGGCAAGCAUCUGUACACGCUGGACAGCGGUGACGUCAUCAACGCGCUCUGCUUCAGUCCCAACAGAUACUGGCUGUGUGCCGCCACAGGACCGAGCAUCAAGAUCUGGGAUCUGGAGGGAAAGAUCAUCGUUGAUGAGCUCAAACAGGAAGUCAUCACCACUAACAGCAAGGCUGAGCCGCCCCAGUGCACAUCUCUGGCCUGGUCUGCUGACGGACAGACUCUCUUUGCUGGAUACACAGACAACCUGAUCAGAGUUUGGCAGGUGACCAUUGGAACCCGAUAAAGAUGUACAUUUCCAAGAACGGAAUGCAAAAUAUGGAAAAUUGAAUUUAAAAAAUUAUACCAA